AUGGCUGAGGAGCAAAAGGUUAUAAUUCCAAGAGUGAAAUUAGGUAACCAAGGAUUAGAGGUUUCAAAAUUAGGGUUUGGCUGCAUGACUCUUACCGGAGCCUACAAUGCUCCUAUACCUGAAGAAGUUGGCAUAUCAAUCAUCAAACAUGCAUUCAAUAAAGGAAUUACAUUUUUUGAUACAUCAGAUGUUUGUGGACCCUACACUAACGAAAUUCUGCUUGGAAAGGCAUUGAAGCUGUUGCCUCGAGAGAAGGUCCAGUUAGCCACAAAAUUUGGUAUAGUUAAGAUUGGAGCAGACCAGCUUGUGGUAAAUGGAACACCUGAAUACGUCCGCUCCUGUUGUGAGGCUAGCUUGAAACGCCUUAAUUUGGAAUACAUUGAUCUCUACUAUGUGCACCGAAUUGACACAAAAGUACCAAUAGAAGAUACUAUGGAGGAACUUAAGAAGUUGGUGCAAGAGGGAAAGAUAAGGUACAUAGGACUAUCUGAAGCUAGUGCAGACACAAUAAGAAGAGCACAUGCAGUUCAUCCCAUCACUGCUGUACAAAUGGAAUGGUCCAUAUGGACUCGUGAUAUUGAAGAAGAAAUUAUCCCACUUUGCAGGGAACUUGGUAUUGGGAUAGUUCCAUACAGCCCUCUAGGUAGAGGUUUCUUUGGUGGGAAAGCAGUUGUGGAAAGUUUACAUCCAGAUAGUUUUCUGGUAUGGAACUCAAUAAUUUUGCACUCUCAUGGGUUUCAAGGAGAGAACUUUGAGAGAAACAAGGCCUUGUAUACUCAAGUGGAGAAGUUGGCUCGAAAACAUGGAUGUAGCCCUGCACAACUUGCACUUGCCUGGGUUCUUCAUCAAGGCAACGAUGUAGUACCUAUCCCUGGGACAACUAAGAUUAAAAAUCUUGAUGACAAUAUUGGUUCUUUAAAAGUGAAGCUUGGAAAAGAAGAUCUAAAAGAAAUUUCUGAUUUGGUACCUAUUGAUGCCGUGGCUGGGGAUAGAACAAGUGACAAUUUCCAUCAACGUUCAUGGAAGUUGGCCAACACACCAGCUAAAGGUAGCAAGACAACGUGA